UUAUUUUAUGGUUUUAACAUCGAUCGAUUAGAAAUUUAGACUUUAUUCCAUUUUUGCUGUGUUUUGUUUCAAUGUAAGCUGAAAUAAUAAAAGACAAUCAUAAAUUCAUAAUAUCAUAUCCACCAAUUUUACAGAAAAUAAGAAGAAAGAAUUGAAAGAGGCAGCAGCCGCGCGCAUGAAUGGAAACCAAGCUUCUUUUAUUCAGUACAAUCUUCAUCUUUGCCUAUGUUUCCUUUCCGCCGGCCUAUGCAUCGGACGAUGAAUGCAUUUACGUAGUUUACGUGCAAACCGGAAAUACAGAAGCCGCAACAACCCAUGCUCGAGUGAGCCUUGAGCUAAGGGACAAAUACGUGAAUCGUUUAAACAUGACAAAUCUACAAUCUUGGGGAUUAAUGGGAAAACACCAUUACUACGACUACUUUAGAAGAGGAAAUUUGGAUGUGUUUUCUGUUAAAGGCAAAUGCUUUAACGGCCCAUUUUGUAGUAUGACAUUGAGUCAUGAUAACACCGGCGUAUCCCCUAGUUGGCACGUAGACUAUGUUGAAGUCACCUCCGUUGCACCUAAUCGCCAUUGUCGGAAGAUUAAGUUCCCGGUCAAUGCAUGGUUAUCCGUUGAUCAGCCACCACGUGGUUUCGCUAGCCACGGGGUUUAUUUAUGUGAUGAGAUGAUUGUUGCCGAUCAUGCUAAUUGCUCCUCGGAGAUUUGA